UCUUUCCUAUGUUACCUUGCAACCCUGGGGAGCUGGCCUUGCCUUGCUAGACCCCGCUUCCCCUGGCGGACCCCCCACCCUCGCCUGCAGUCGCUGCCCUCCAGGCCCCUCCCUGGAGCGCUGAAGGGCCCCUUCCCCUCUCGGAUGGGUCUGGAGGUCCCUGGAAAGAGGGAAGCUGGGCCCUCGGCGUUGCUGACGCCCCCAAUGUCGUCGAGCAGCCGGGGGCCGGGGGCCGGAGCGCGCCGACGCCGAACCCGCUGCCGCCGCUGCCGAGCCUGUGUGCGAUCUGAGUGUGGGGACUGCCACUUCUGCCGAGACAUGAAGAAGUUCGGGGGGCCCGGGCGCAUGAAGCAGUCGUGCCUGCUCCGGCAGUGCACUGCCCCCGUGCUCCCACACACAGCUGUGUGCCUCUUGUGUGGGGAGGCUGGGAAGGAGGACACGGUGGAGGGAGAAGAGGAGAAAUUUGGUUUGAGCCUCAUGGAGUGUACAAUCUGCAACGAGAUCGUCCACCCUGGCUGCCUGAAGAUGGGGAAGGCUGAGGGUGUCAUCAACGCAGAGAUCCCCAACUGCUGGGAGUGCCCUCGUUGCACGCAGGAAGGCCGGACCAGCAAGGAUUCAGGAGAGGGCCCGGGCCGCCGGCGGGCUGACAGCGGCGAGGAAGGUGCUGGCCUGGGGAGUGCAUGGAAGCUGACGGAGGAGCCGCCGCUUCCCCCGCCCCCACCCAGGCGCAAGGGCCCCCUUCCUGCUGGUCCCCCCCCAGAGGAUGUGCCUGGGCCCCCCAAACGAAAGGAGAGGGAGGCAGGGAAUGAGCCCCCCACCCCAAGGAAAAAGGUGAAAGGAGGCCGAGAGAGGCACCUGAAGAAGGUGGGUGGGGAUGCCUGCCUCCUCCGAGGAUCGGACCCAGGCGGCCCUGGCCUUCUGCCCCCCAGGGUUCUGAAUCCGAGCCAGGCUUUUUCGUCUUGCCACCCUGGGCUCCCUCCCGAGAACUGGGAGAAACCAAAGCCACCUUUGGCCCCUACGGAGGGCCCAGCGGUGCCGUCUCCGUCACCACAGAGAGAGAAGCUGGAGCGCUUCAAACGGAUGUGCCAGCUGCUGGAGCGGGUGCCCGACACGUCCUCGUCCUCCUCGGACUCGGACUCGGACUCGGACUCAUCAGGCACGUCCCUGAGCGAGGAGGAGGCUCCUGGCGAGGCCCGCAACGGGCGCCGGCCGGCCCGGGGCAGCUCAGGAGAGAAGGAGAACCGUGGGGGGCGGCGGGCUGUGCGCCCUGGCAGCGGGGGGCCCCUGCUCAGCUGGCCCCUGGGCCCUGCACCACCGCCCCGGCCCCCACAGCUGGAGCGGCAUGUGGUCCGGCCACCACCUCGAAGCCCUGAGCCUGACACGCUGCCUUUGGCUGCUGGAUCCGACCACCCCCUGCCCCGGGCUGCCUGGCUCCGCGUCUUCCAGCACCUCGGGCCUCGGGAGCUGUGCGUCUGCAUGCGCGUCUGCCGGACCUGGAGCCGCUGGUGCUAUGACAAGCGUCUGUGGCCUCGAAUGGACCUGAGCCGGCGGAAGUCACUGACUCCGCCCAUGCUCAGCGGUGUGGUUCGGCGCCAACCCCGGGCCCUGGACCUCAGCUGGACGGGUGUCUCCAAGAAGCAGCUAAUGUGGCUUCUGAAUCGACUGCAAGGCCUGCAGGAGCUGGUGCUUUCUGGCUGCUCCUGGCUCUCCGUCUCAGCCCUGGGCUCAGCCCCACUGCCGGCCCUGAGGCUCUUGGACCUCCGCUGGAUCGAGGACGUUAAAGACUCCCAGCUCCGCGAGCUGCUGCUGCCUCCGCCCGACACCAAACCAGGCCAAACGGAGAGCCGUGGUCGGCUGCAGGGGGUAGCGGAGCUGCGCCUGGCGGGCCUGGAGCUGACUGACGCCUCCCUGCGACUCCUGCUGCGCCACGCCCCCCAGCUGAGUGCCCUGGACCUGAGCCACUGCGCCCACGUCGGGGACCCCAGCGUCCACCUCCUCACAGCCCCCACUUCCCCGCUCCGCGAGACCCUCGUGCACCUCAAUCUCGCUGGUUGCCACCGCCUCACGGACCACUGCCUCCCGCUCUUCCGCCGCUGCCCACGCCUACGCCGCCUAGACCUGCGCUCCUGCCGCCAGCUCUCACCUGAAGCUUGUGCCCGGCUGGCAGCCGCCGGGCCCCCAGGCCCCUUCCGCUGCCCCGAGGAAAAGCUACUUCUCAAGGACAGCUAGUUGGGUGCCCCCCAUGCUCCCCCAGGACUCAUCAGGAGCCUGGACCUUUGGCUUUCAUUUCAUCCCCUGCCAGGAGGCCAGGUUACCCACCUCAUGACUGGGAAUUCCUGAGUUUUAUGACUUGGGAUUCCUUCCCAGGGACUAGAGCCAGCCUCCCUCUCCCUUCCCCCUGCACUGAUAUCUCUGGGGGUCUCUCCUUCCCGUCCCCUCCACCUUCCACCUACUUCAUUGUCCAUCCCCUGGGGGGAGUGGGUCAGAGGUACUGGGGGGGGUGCUGAGCCAAAGGGAUGGUGGGAGGGGGGCUAAGGUGCAAGUUGGAGGGGGGGACAUGGGGGAAGGGUACCUGUGCACAGGAUGCUGGGAGCCAGGGGGCUGGGGGAGGUGGAGGAAGGGGCUGGGGGGAGGGGGCAGAAAGCAGACCAUCAAGGGUUCAGGGAACAAAGACCAGAUACUUGGAGUUGGGGGGGUGGGGGGCCAAAAAGGGAAAAACCAGAGGGGCAGUUGAGGAUCCGGGUGUCAGAGGUAAGGGAACCCCGGGGAGCCAGGGGAAGCCAGGACUUUGAGAGGGGUUGGGGAGACAAGAGCAGGUGUGGGGGCAGUCGUACCCCCCUCAGGGGGAUCACCCCUCGCCUUUCCCCUCCCCAGAUUUCAGUCCCUUUCUCCCAACCCUGACUCCUUGAACGUCACUGACAAUGGCAGCUAUUGUGGGAGUGGGGGCCGGGGGCCUACUCUGUUCAGGACGGCCCAAGGGAGUGGCGAGGGGCGACUGCAGCCCCUGCCUGCCUCCCUGCACAAUACUUGAACAUUCAUCUGUACUGAAGUGUUACUUGAACCGGGGCAACCUCGGACCUGGGGGAGCUGGAGUGUGAGGGGACAGGCCCAGCUUGAACCGAGACCGGUCGCUGGGCCACCAGUCCGGACUGCACCACCCCAGGCGCGCUCUCGCUUUACUGUAUUGAGCAGCUCCACCCCUCUUGACACGAGGGGGGGCGGUGCCAGCCCAAGGAUGGGGACGAUGGAACUUCUCCAGUGUGGCUCUUCCAACUCUUUCAUCGUCAUGGAACCUUGUACCUAUUUGCCCAGGGAACUGCCACUCCCGGUUGCCAUGGAAAUAGCAGCCAAUGGACACCUCCCGAUGCCAGUGCUAAGGCUGGAAAUGGCCCCUCUUAGUUGCCAUGGGAACUUAGUAACAGACUCUUGGCCCUUCCCGCCUGCCCCUUCCUCCAGCGUGGGGGCGGGGCUUCUGGAGCCAGGGGGAGGGAUCGGGCCGGGUCCCACCCCUCAGCCCAGGCUCCCCUGGGGAGCCAGGUCGUACCGAGUAGGGGCGGGGGAAUCUAUCCACAUACCUCAGGUAACUGACUGGGAGGUGCACGGGUGGGGGGAGGGACUGGGCGGACCAAAGGCCGGAGGGGCGGGAGGCCUGGGGAUCGAGAAAGGCUCGAGAUGGAGCUGCUUGGGGGAGGGGAGGAGGCAGCCCGGUGAGGGGCAGGUGGAGGACCCAGCCGGGCUGGGCCCCUGGGCCCCUGGGCCCCUGGGCCCCGGGUCUAUACAAUACGGUUUGCUAUAAAACUCAAAAUCUUCCAGCCGGG